AUGACUUCGCGCUACAGAAUUGAGUACGCUCUCAAGUCACAUAAAAGAGACGAGUUGAUCGAGUGGAUCAAAGGGCUUUUGGCCGUGCCGUUCGUGCUACAUGGCGAUAUCGACGAGUACGAAAAAUACAUGUUUUGCCACGGCUUGCCGGACGAGCUGAAGGUGGUUUCUUGCGAGCAGAAAAUCGAAAAGACCUUGCAGACACGCUAUUUGGAGGUUUUUCAUGACGUAGAGAAACUCAUAGAUAAUACCAUUGCGCUAGAUGAACGGCUGCCGGAUCUGGACCAACCGGCCCGCACGAGGCUCCGGCAAUUGGUGCCAUCGGUGGGCCGCUUUUUCACGAAGCUCCCUCUCAAAGAAGCAUUUUUGAUUGAAGACCGGAAACGGCUGAUUUCGAGGCGCACGCUUGUGAGUCCUUCGUUCAAUGACAUCCGGUCUAUUCUCAACACGGCGCAGGUGCUUGCACUCGCCGGCGCCCAAGAAAAUGACGCCAAACUCCGGCUCGUGACUUUUGACGGUGACGUCACCUUGUACGAAGACGGCAAGUGCUUGGAGAAAGACUCGCCUCUCGUGGCGCUCCUAGUGAAAUUGCUCAGUCUUGAUUUAUACGUUGCAGUGGUCACUGCUGCAGGAUACCCCGGCCAACUGGGUGCUGACAUGUACCAGGAGCGGUUGCUGGGACUCAUCCAGGCGUUGAGGGAUACGAACCAAUUGCUGCUCACGCAGAAAAACAACUUUUUGGUCAUGGGCGCCGAGUCCAAUUACUUGUUUCGCUUCAGCUCGGCCCACGGGAACUUGAGGUUUAUCGAGGGCUGUGAGUGGUACUUGCCCAUCAUGCAGAGCUGGAACCAGGACCAAAUCCUGGAAAUCAUGGACCUCUCGCACGACCACUUGAAGCAUCUCCGGAGAAAAUUGAGACACGAGGACGAAAACAAAACCACAAUCAUUCGCAAGGAGCGCUCAUUGGGCAUCAUUCCUGUGAAUGGCUACAAGAUCCAGCGUGAGAUCUUGGAGGAGAUGGUGUUGUCGAUCCUGGUGGAACUCAAUGACAUCUUGAGCCACAACAAGUCCACUGCCAACGCAGAGAAGAAGGUGCAAGUUUGUGCCUUCAAUGGUGGCUCCGACGUGUGGGUGGAUAUUGGCGACAAGGCUCUCGGUGUGGAGGCCUUGCAGCUGUACCUCUACAAAACGUGUGGAGGCACGCAUGGCAAAAUCGCCAAGAGUUCCAGUCUCCAUAUCGGCGAUCAGUUUGCAUCCGUUGGCGCCAACGAUUUCAAGGCCAGGCUUAGUGCAUGUACUGUGUGGAUCGCCAGUCCAAGAGAAACAACCGAAAUUCUAGAAGAAUUGACGAAUUUGCUUGAGAACAACUCAGGGAAAGUCAACAAUAUCAAUUUAUUGGCAUGA